GAUACCGCGACGCCGCUUUGAAAACAAGUGUGCGCCCGUGUGCGGUGCUUGCGCGAUGAGGCGCUUUUCUCUUAAAUGUCUAAGUUGUAGUCAAAGAUGACUCGCUCAGCAGUCUCUAGAUGCAUUUCUCCCAGUGUAGGACUCAAAUUACUUCGCCUCGGCGUCCGAUAGUUAUGGAGGACGGCUAGUGCGACAAAUCCCCCCUCCCACCGCUUCCUCCAGCAAACGCCUCUUCUGAGUUUCGUUUUGCUUGGCUUUAACCGUUCGCAGUUGGCCGUUGCCUUCGGCGGCAUUUUAGCCCAGCGUUUACUAAGUUCUCAGCAUGACGUUUAAGUGGGACGACUUCGCCAGGGAGUACUACUGGGUAAUUCUUCUAGCGAUAUUUGCUGUGAUGGCACUAGCUGCCAUAGCAAUUUGGGCAAUACUACGAUGCAGAUAUCCUCGACACGAGUACCUGGCUCUCGACAACGAAAGCAGCUUCAUCUCAGAUCGGCUCGAACUGAGCCGGAAACUACGUGGUGAUAUUGAUCGCAAUGAGGCCCUGAUCAAUUGCCAGUACUACCUUCGGGGCUCAACAAGGUACUUCCUGCGUUACCAGCUUUGCAACAUAGGCAGUCGCAUGGACCGGCACUGGUUCGUGGUGCGGGACAGCGCGACGCGCACCGAGCGCCUGCUGACGGUGACGGCGCUGCCGGACGCGUGUCCACUGCGCCACUCGCCCUGUCAGGUGCGACCGGGCUUGCAGGAGAUCUUCCUGGACCUCCAGCACCCUUACGUACACCCGGUGCUCGACAUCGACAUCAAGGUGUUGGCUGAACGCCCGCACGUGGUGGUGGUGUCUCCACUGAACGACGUUGGAUCACUCAAAGAUCUCAUAUACCACAGCAAGUACAACGAGGACUGGCAGGAGAAGUACCGUCCGCAAGGGACGGGCCUCCCACAGGACCAGGUGCAGCGACUGGCCAAGCAGAUUGUUGAGGGCCUGCUCUUCCUACACGAGAAGGACUUCCCGGCAUUCUACAACCUUCACCUGGGCAAUGUCAUCCUCCAGAAUGGCGUGGCCAGGCUGACAGGCUUGGAGAACGUCCUGCUGGGCUAUGUGCCCAGGGUCUCGGCGUUCAUCCGCAAGCGCAUUUGCGAAGACAAGGAGGUCGUCGACGCUGUCUGCUUUGGUCAUGCUCUGUUUGAAAUGGCUGCCGGUUACGAAAUGUCCACAACAAAGCCUACGGACAAAAACUAUGCCGAUGUUGAGCACUGCCCCGAGGUGUAUCAGGUUUUGAGGUUCAUCUUUGAGAACGAAAAUCACCACUAUCCUACUCUAGAAGAGGUUGCCACGCUGGAUUUCUUUCGCAAUAUCGACCUACGCGAGCUCACUACUCACACCGUGCCUCUGGAUGUCCGGUCAACUGUGAAGAGCACCAUGACAAAGACACCCAUCCUAAGGACCAACCUGAGCUCAACUGCCAAACACCUCCUGCGAGAUGUUCAAAGGUUCUAUCGUCAUAAAGGAAAACUCAAAACAUCGCGAUCUAUAUCGGUAUCUUCGUGCGACGGUGGAGAGUCUUCUGACAGUGAAAAAGCAGGCCUGUUGCCGCGCGGCGUUCGGGCCAAGCGGCGGCCGCCAAUGAGUCCCAGCCAGGCACCGCUGGUGCUCAAGAAGCCCUGUCCGCCACCACCGUGUUCCUCGGAGCUGCUCAGUCCGCCCCACGGCUCUUCGUCUUCUCCGCCUCCGGAAUUUUCCUCGUCUCCUCCUCAGGCAGAGACCCCGCCUCCAGAGGGCACGUCGACGUGUCCACCCUCAAAGGCCUCAGACACGUCUCCCGUCGACACCGAGGCCCCACCCCCUCUUGACGUGACCCAUCACGACCCCGAGGGGGAGCCUCAUCAGAACGACGUCGCGGUCACCAACUUUGUGACACCCCUCGUUGAAACCCCACCCCCCAAGGUUCCACCCCGUCCACCUGUCUGGGUCCAGUCGCAGUCCAGCGUGAGCACCUGCGGCUCCGUCGAGUUUUGCACGCCGCCGUCCAGUCCGCGCAUCGACGAUGCCGAGUGGUGCAGCUCGGAGUGCAUCACGUGACCGUCUGUGCCACAACUACCUAGUUACGCAAUUCAAAGCGAAAGCAAA